GUUAAUCGGAAUUAAGUUUAAAAGUGAGGUUUAGUGUUUCCAAAGUUCUUGAAAGUACACUCUGAAAGUGGGAAGUGUUAUGUUUUAAAACGAAACGAGUUAUGACGAAGUUAAUAUAAAUGUGCGUUUUGAUAUUGUCGCGUGCGGAAGGACCGCUGUGAGGUGUCCGCGGCCCGCGGCUUAUUCGUACAGUGCCAUGGACAUCGGCGGAGAAAGCGCACUAUGUGUAGGCGGUCCCCAUAAUGAGGAACAACUGAAUAUUAGUGAUGUUUUUGAGGCGAUCACUUUGGCGGACCCGUCGUUCGGCGUGGGUACAGCCGCCGGCAUAGACGAGAGCAUGGCGCGCCGCGACCAGCCCUACGUCGAGAUCGUGGAGCAGCCGGCCAGCAAGGCGCUCAGAUUUCGCUAUGAGUGUGAAGGCCGGUCAGCGGGAUCUAUUCCCGGAGUGAACAGUACGUCAGAUAACAAGACUUACCCUACAAUUAAGAUAUGCGGAUACACAGGACAGGUGGUUAUUGUCGUGUCUUGUGUUACCAAAGAUGAACCUUACAGGGCACACCCCCACAACUUGGUGGGUCGAGAACGCUGCGAGAGGGGGGUGUGUACGAUCCCCCUUCGCGUCACAGAGGAGACAUGCGAGUACCAGUUCAAGAACCUCGGCAUCCAGUGCGUGAAGCGACGUGACAUCGCGGAGGCCCUCACCAUCAGGGAGAAACUUAGGGUGGAUCCCUUUAGAAAAAACUUUGAUCACAAGAACCAUCCUCAAAGCAUCGACUUGAACGCGGUGCGACUAUGUUUCCAAGUGUUCUUGCCGGACGAGACAGGGCGACUACGGCGUCCCUUGACGCCUGUCGUGUCGGAUGUCAUCUACGACAAAAAAGCCAUGAGCGACCUGCUCAUCAUGCGGUCCAGCCACUGUUCUGGGCCGGCAAAAGGCGGGACUCAAGUUAUCUUACUUUGUGAGAAGGUGACCCGAGAAGACAUCGAAGUAGUUUUCUACCAGGAAGAAGACGGUAUUGUUGUCUGGGAAGAGACUGCAAUCAGGAUCCUGGUACACAAACAAGUGGCUAUUGCUUUUGAGACGCCAGCCUACAAGUACCCGAAUACUACCGACCACGUUAAUGUGUACUUCCAGCUGAAGAGGCUGUCGGACAACGCCCGCAGCAACUCACUGCCGUUCGAGUACUACCCCGAUUUCUCAGGUAGCGCGCGUAAACCUCUUCCAGACCUGUCUCUGUUCUCGCUGCUCCUCAACGAGAAGCGGACAGACACCAAUAACAACAAACAAGACAAAACCGAAGUCGUUAGCUCUACCACUGAUAGUUACAGCGUGUCCGAUGACACUGACACCGCGCAGGUUACCGACACCGACGUUAAUGGCAACCCACAGGUUACCGACGUCGAGAUCAUCGACACCAACGAGAAGAGUCUAAAUGAACUUCUCGAUCAGGUAGCGGAGUUAGAUGAAAUAUACUCAGAGAACCGCACGCGCCUCGAAAACAUAUCUUCAUUAACGAACAAUAGUGAAGAUAUAGAGGAUUUCAAUGACGCGGGCACUUACACCAGUUUGCAACUCGCUUUCAAAAACCCUGUAGAGAUAUCUGAACCUGACCCGAUGUCGUAUGAAGAUGUCCAAGUUCAGACGUAUCGCGGCCCUAUCAUUGAAUUUAGUCCACUAAAACGCGAUACAGAUGAUGAGCGCGCACCCCCGUUACCUCCCAAACGCGUCCGUAAAGCUGCAUCUACCGAACCUUUCAAAACUAGUCAGACUUCGGUCGAUAGUAUCUUAAAACCUGGGCGACAGAUACCCGUCACCCGCAACCCAGACCAUCUGAAAAUAAACUCUGAGAUGACCGUAGCCAAGAGUGAACCCGCUUUACCGCCGGUCAAGAAGCGUUCGUUCUUUUCGCGACUAUUUAGAAGAAAGGAGAAAUCACCUGCCCCCAGUGUUAAAUCUGAGGGUAGGAAAGAGGCAAAGAGUAAACCUGUAGGUCGUUCUGUGAGCAGUGUCUCGGGGGUGCGUCCUUCGAAGUUUAAGUCAUCAGUGUCUCACACCUCUUUGAAAGACAACGCUUCUGGCACAGGCCUCAGUUAUGCCGAUAGUAUCACACAUAUUUCUCUACACGGAGAUGACAAUGAGAAGUCCACAUCUCAGUCUUCUUUGCGUCGUCCUGCCAGUUUAGCUCCGCUGCCUCCAACAGACGGCGGCACUAUUUUAGUGGCAGAAAGUGUGCUCGCUUUAGACGCGUCCCAGUUUAAAAAGCUGCAAGAUGAUUUAGAUUUGACUGACGCGGAGCACUACGCGUUGUAUAUGGCCGUUGCCCCACACGCGACAGUUUCUGAAUUUGAUGAAACUAGUUGCUAUUACUCGCCCGUAGAUGGCAGCAAAUUUCAAAAUAAUUAAUCGGCAGAUAGUGACUUGGUCAUCAAAUUGACAGAGCUGCACAAUUAAUUGGUACAAGUCAGCCGAUACUUGUACUAGUUUCCCAUCCC